AUGGGAGGCCUGCGCGCGCAGCUGCAGUUCCCGCCCAUUCCGGGGGUGGGUUCCCCGUUUCAGUCCCGGACUUUUGGUUACCUGGCGGGCUGCAGGCCCGCUCUUCGGCCUCCAGUCCUGGACCCUCCUACACUGCACAGUCCCCCAGCCAGGGGUCCUCGGACCCCAGGGCUCAGGAGGACAGAACCAAGGCUGAGCCGGAGUUGCCGCGGGGCCUUCCGAUCGCCGCGACCAUCUCCCAAGUCUGGCCAGGCUGAUGAAACCAGCAAGGACGCCUUGCACCUUGAUGUUCAGAAACUGAAGGAGAAGAGGGACACACUGGACAAGGAGAUAAACCAGUUAAUAUCUGAAGGCUACAGUGUGGAUGAACUGGAGGCGCACAUCUCCCAGCUGCACGAGUACAACGAUGUCAAGGACGUGGGGCAGAUGCUGCUGGGCAAGCUGGCCGUGAUCCGAGGUGUCACCACCAAAGAGCUGUACCCAGAAUUCGGUCUGGACGUGAAUGACUGAGCUGAGCCUCGGGCCCACGGGGACCGGCAGAUGUGGAUGCCAGAAGCCAUCGAGCCACCCAGCACCCAGCACGGUUGGCCAUGAGAAUAUGCUGGCAGCCCUCUUCCAAAGCACCAGGCCCAGGAGGCCGCCGAGAGAAAUGGCAGAGCAAGAGGGGGGCCUAGCCCAAGGUUCCUGGAGUGUCCCACCCCUGCGGCGUGUGCCCUUGUGUGUCCCAUCUGUUAAUAAACAUUAGCACCAGCCAGGCAUGGUGGCGCACACCUGUGAUCCCAGCACUCAGGAGGCUGAGGCAGGAAG